UUUAACAGAAUGUAAUUUCUCUGCCCUGACCUUUCUUGUUUUUGAAUGGAUUGACCGAAUUAAUGUUAUGUAGCAUUGUUUUUAUGGCCAUGCAAGAAGUAGCCUGACGCAGACAACAUUAUUUUAGAAGUGUUAUUGCGCAAUUGCAUCGCAAAGUCGACGGUCUUGCUACAUAUAAAUAUAUACUCCGCUGAAAAUGCUUUUUAUGAUCGUCAAGUCGUGGUGUCAUUGUCCCUUGGUUACUUGACGUCAUUGUGGAUGUGCAGUGUGCACAACUUAACUCUUGAUAUCCAAGUCAGUUAACUGAAAGUUUGAGACAAGGUUGAACAUUCUUCUCAGUGAUCUCUGUAAUUUACACAUUAUACAUAUCAGGGAAUGUAGAAACAAACGUUUGUGUCUGUGUGUGUGCCAUCUAAAGGGUUAUGCACUGCCUGAGAUCUAAUAGCAAACUUAACCACUUCCCUGUUUUGGUUGGAGGUUCAUGACAGCCUCCUGUGAGCUCAGUUCUGUCAGGCAAGAACUAACCACAUGCCGUUUGGCCAGUACAAUAUAAACAGUACCUGUAGCCAAUAGCUUGCCUAGGGCAGAGUGUGUAUGUGUGUGUGUGUGUUUGGGGGGGGCGGAGUGUACUUGGACAAGUGUCUGAACACAGCUACAGUAAGGUCUUAUCAGUUAACUCAUUAGAUUGAAAUGCGUCUGCGUCCUGUCAGCUGGUCAGAUUCUAUAGACCACUAUAUAUGUUAAGAGCAUCUACAUCCUGUCAGCUGACCAGAUCUGUAGACCAUUAUUUAAGUUAAAAGCAUCUACAUCCUGUUAGCUGAUCCGAUUCUAUAGACCACUAUAUGAGUUAGGAGCAUCUACAUCCUGUCAGCUGAUCAGAUCUAUAGACCAUUAUAUGAGUUAAGAGCAUCUACAUCCUGUCAGGUGAUCAGAUUCUAUAGACCAUUAUAUGAGUUAAGAGCAUCUACAUCCUGUCAGGUGAUCAGAUUCUAUAGACCAUUAUAUGAGUUAAGAGCAUCUACAUCCUGUCAGCUGAUCAGUCUAACCACAGACUGCAUCACUACCUGUAUUUGCCGGGGGCCAGUGUCUGCAACCUCACCCAUACCAGACAUGGCUUAAGUUACUUACUGUUCAUGUUCAUGUGUGAAAAUACAUUCUUUUCUUUAUUAUUGAAAUGUGUCUCCUCCCAGGGUGUAUGUUUGCAUGUCUGGUUACCCGUUACAGGUGAAGGAUCGAAGGUCACAGCAGAUCAAAGGUCAUGUCUCCCGUGAUGUUCCAGGAUCUUCCCCUCAACAUUUACAUGGUCAUCUUUGGGACCGGAGUCUUUGUCUUCGUCCUAAGCCUCAUCUUCUGCUGCUACUUCAUCAGUAAACUGAGGCACCAGGCCCAGCGAAACAGAUUUGGAUACAAAGCGGUGGUUUUCAAGGGAGACACAAAGAAAUUGAAUCUACAUGGGACAUGUGCCGUGUGCUUGGAGGACUUCAGAGUGAAGGAUGAGCUAGGAGUGUUGCCAUGCCAACACGCCUUUCACAGGAGAUGCCUGGUCAAAUGGUUGGAGGUGCGAUGUGUCUGUCCAAUGUGCAAUAAGCACAUCGCCGGACCACCUGAACAACGUCACAGCCUGGGUACACUACUGGAUGAACUGGUGUAGCAAGUUGCUAUGGCAAUACAGCUGGAAUGGACUGUUGUGGCCGGUUACUGGACAGCUGACACGGACAGAUUUUGUUUGUCCCCGAUUAAACUGAUGGGAUAAACUGUCUCCAGGUCCAGGGACAGUACCAAAUACCAUAAGAACAGGGAAACAAAUCUUCAGAACCUCUGAUGUGUAGGAAGAGGGGACACAAAGAUUUAUGGGAACAUCAAGCUUUACAUUAAGUGGAAUCACUGAUUUAAUGAAUGACUGAACAAACCUUAAGUGUUCACUGCACCAGUUGUCAAAAGACUUCUUCAGGAAGACAGGAUCCACCAAGUCACAACCUUUAAGUCACUGUUAGGUAGAGGGGCUACCUGUGGAGAAAAAUCUUCAGAAGAAUCUUGUCAACAUUAUCCAUGGCAUUCCUCUUUGCAAUGUCAAUGAUGCUGCACCUUGGAAAUUAUUACAUACAGGUAUGAUCAUUGAGACAGGUUUCCUGGCACAUAUAGGCUGUGUUUGUGUGUGUGUGUGUGUGUGUGUGUGUGUGUGUGUGUGUGUGUGUGCGCACAUGCGUCUGUCAUGCUAGAUAUGGUGGAGCAACUACUAAAAUGUAUUUAUCCUGACCAGUAUUUCCUUACAGAUUUGCCAAACAAGCCUUUUACAUGUUUAUGUAUUUAAAAUGAAGAGUGAAUCCAAACCCAUCUGUGUAGUACACUGAAACACACACACUGCCCAAUAGCUACAUCCUAAUAUCCCUAUGUGUACAGCACAAUUCUUUUCCCAUUUAAAGGAAAUUAUUGUAGACCAAAUCUGCUUUUGUUAACGUAGGAUGAGGCUAGGAGUCCUGUUUGGUUCUAUGCACAAGUGUGUUUGUGCUGUGAGAAUGAAAAAGCCUAUUUUGUACCGUUUCUGUAAAUAGCAGCACCUCAGCUACCUUAAAGCGGCAAUGCAGUAAAAAAAAAACUUGACUUUCUUUUCUUUCUUUUUUUUGUAUUUCUUCACCAUGAUGUAAAAAUAAUACUUUCAAAUGUUGAAACAUAUUUUAAAGCCCUUUUUGUCUAAGAUUCAUAAAAUAAUUGAAGGGAUGGAGGUUCAGGGGCACAUCAUGACAUCACAAUGUCAUCUGACUGUAAUAGACUAAUUACUUUUUCCAAAAUAAAAUUACAGGAACUUCAA